AUGACCCGGGAGGUUGCAAUUGCAUCCAUGGAUGAAGCUGAGAAGCUGGAGCAGCAACGUGCUGUCCUGGCCACCUGCACCACAAAAUGCUGGCAGUGGCAGGAGGUGUUCUGUAAUAUCCUUGGAAACACAGGAAGAGCCCUACUUCAAGUUACAAUUUCACUUAGCAAAGUUGAACUCAGUGUGGGUGAAUCCAAAUUCUUCACAUGCACAGCCAUUGGUGAGCCUGACAACAUAGAUUGGUACAAUCCACAGGGAGAGAAGAUUGUUUCUAGUCAAAGAGUGGUUGUUCAAAAAGAAGGCGUUCGAUCACGUCUAACCAUUUACAAUGCAGAUGUAGAAGAUGCUGGCAUAUACCGAUGCCAAGCCACAGAUGCUAAAGGACAAACUCAGGAAGCUACUGUUGUUUUGGAAAUUUAUCAAAAGCUCACUUUCCGAGAUAUAACAUCUCCACAAGAGUUCAGGCAGGGAGAAGAUGCAGAGGUUGUUUGCCGUGUUACUAGUUCACCUGCUCCCAUUGUCAGCUGGUUAUAUCGGAAUGAGGAAGUCACAGCUAUUGCUGACAAUCGAUUUGCAGUAUUAGCAAAUAAUAAUCUCCAAAUUCUUAACAUCAAUAAAAGCGAUGAAGGAGUAUACAGAUGUGAAGGAAGAGUGGAAGCCAGAGGAGAAAUUGACUUUCGGGACAUAACUGUUAUUGUGAAUGUUCCCCCAGCAAUUACUCUCCUACAGAAAUCCUUUAAUGCCACUGCAGAUCGAGGAGAGGCAAUAACUUUAUUCUGUAGAGCCAUUGGGUCACCUCCACCUGAAAUCAGUUGGUAUAGGAAUGGUAAACUUAUUGAAGAAAAUGAAAAAUAUGUGUUGAGAGGAAGCAAUACAGAACUAACAAUAAGAGAUAUUAAAAAUAUUGAUGCUGGUCCAUACGUCUGUAGCGCUAAAAACAAAGCAGGAAAUGAUAAAAAACAGACAUUCCUUCAAGUUUUUGUACAGCCUCAAAUAAUACAACUCAAAAAUGAAACCACAUUUGAGAACGGAAAAGCAACCCUCAUCUGUGAAGCAGAAGGGGAACCUAUCCCAGAGAUUACUUGGAAAAGAGCUAUUGAUGGAGUAACUUUCUCUGAAGGUGACAAGAGCCCAGAUGGCCGUAUAGAAGUCAAAGGGCAGCAUGGAAAAUCGUCACUGCAUAUUAAAGAUGUGAAGUUGUCAGAUUCAGGGAGAUAUGACUGUGAAGCUGCAAGUAGAAUUGGUGGGCACCAAAAGAGCAUGUACCUUGAUAUUGAAUAUGCUCCAACAUUUGUGUCAAAUCAAACCAUGUAUUAUUCUUGGGAAGGUAAUCCCAUCAAUAUAAGCUGUGAAGUGCUAGCUAAUCCAUCUGCCUCAAUUCAAUGGAGAAGAGGAAAAUUAGUUUUACCUGCAAAAAAUACAACACAUCUGAAGACUUAUAGUGCAGGAAGAAAGCUGAUUUUAGAGAUUGCUCCCACAUCUGACAAUGAUUUUGGACGAUAUAAUUGUACAGCCACAAACAGAAUAGGAGCAAGAUAUCAGGAAUAUACACUUGGACAAGCUGAUGUGCCAUCAAAUCCUUACGGAGUACGAAUUUUAGAGUUGUCACAAACCACUGCCAAAGUUUCAUUCAAUAAACCAGAUUCGCAUGGAGGUGUGCCCAUUCAUCAUUACCAAGUGGAUAUAAAAGAGCUGGCCUCAGAAACCUGGAAAAUAGUGCGCUCCCAUGGAGUUCAAACAAUGGUUGUUCUGAGCAAUUUGGAGCCAAAUACAACAUAUGAAAUCAAAGUAGCUGCUGUAAAUGGAAAAGGCCAAGGAGAAUAUAGCAAAAUCGAGAUCUUUCAGACCUUACCAGUCCGGGAACCAAGCCCCCCAUCAAUUCAUGGACAACCAGGGAGUGGCAAGAGUUUUAAACUUAGCAUAACUAAACAAGAUGAUGGAGGUGCCCCCAUUUUGGAAUAUAUUGUGAAAUACAGAAGUAAAGAUAAGGAAGACCAGUGGCUAGAGAAGAAAGUGCAGGGCAGCAGAGACCACAUCAUCCUAGAGCAUCUUCAGUGGACCAUGGGUUAUGAAGUACAAAUUACAGCUGCCAAUAGAUUGGGUUAUUCUGAACCAACGUUGUAUGAAUUCAGUAUGCCACCAAAGCCCAACAUUAUUACAGACACUCUUUUUAAUGGUCUUGGACUUGGUGCUGUCAUUGGCCUCGGAGUGGCAGCGCUUUUGUUAAUCCUUGUUGUGACUGAUGUUAGCUGCUUCUUUGUACGACAAUGCGGGUUGCUAAUGUGCAUCACCAGGAGGAUUUGUGGGAAAAAAAGUGGUUCAAGUGGAAAAAGCAAAGAACUGGAAGAAGGAAAGGCUGCUUACUUGAAAGAUGGAUCAAAAGAACCAAUAGUGGAAAUGAGAACAGAGGAUGAAAGAAUUACCAAUCAUGAAGAUGGGAGUCCCGUAAAUGAGCCAAACGAAACAACUCCACUCACAGAACCUGAGAAACUGCCACUAAAGGAGGAAAAUGGAAAAGAAGCUUUAAAUCCAGAAACCAUAGAAAUCAAAGUUGCUAAUGACAUCAUCCAGUCAAAAGAAGAUGAUAGCAAAGCAUAAUAAGAUAAACUACAGCUGUCCGAAAAAUGCAUUUGAAUUUAAGUAACCCCG